UUUAUCAAUUUUCAUCUGACCCCUUUACAUAUUCCAAGAAUCAUCUCAUCAAAAUUUCAAUUCUUGAUAUUCUCUAUUCCUUCACAAAGCUUUCAGCAAACUUUUUUAUCACCUAACAACUUGCAGAAAAUAAAGUGGAAAAAAUAUAUAUAUAUACCAUUAUUUUUCCUGUUAAAACUGAUAUUAAACAGUAAUGUGUGUGCAAGAUUCAGAGGAAGUGAGUGAGGAUAUGGAGAAUUUGGACAUUUCCAAGACUGAUUGCAGUGAAAAGAUCAGAUCGUUACAAAUAGAAAGUGAAUUCUCAAAUACCCAUAAAGAGAAAUUUGAAAAACACUCAUCUUCUAGCUAUGCUGUGAUGAGAAAUUCAUUCCCAAUGGAAAGUAUAUCUGAGGAUACGACUAUUGCAGACCGUCAGCAUAUACUCUUCAAUAAAUUCCUCCCAACUCUUAGGUCUGGAGAGUGGUCUGAUAUUGGAGGCCGUCAUGAUAUGGAAGAUACUCAUAUCUGUAUUGCGGACAUGGCUAAGAACUUUGGUCAUAGUAUUAGUGGUGAGGAAGCUAUCUCCUUCUAUGGAGUCUUUGAUGGACAUGGUGGAAAGGGAGCAGCGCUAUUUGUACGCGACAGUCUACCAAGAAUCAUCGUUGAGGAUGCAGAUUUCCCUCUGAAGCUAGAAAAAGUGGUGAGUAAAUCUUUUUUGGAGACCGAUGCUGCUUUUGCCAAGUCAUGCUCUCUCGAUUCUGCCUUGUCCUCAGGCACAACUGCACUCACUGCUAUGAUAUUUGGAAGAUCAUUGCUCGUGGCAAAUGCUGGCGACUGUCGAGCUGUUCUCUCUCGAGGUGGACUGGCUAUAGAAAUGUCAAAGGAUCACAGACCUUGUUGUGUCAAUGAAAGAACACGUGUGGAGUCCUUGGGUGGAUUUGUCGAUGAUGGCUAUUUGAAUGGACAGUUGGGUGUGACCCGAGCACUGGGUAACUGGCACAUUAAGGGACUGAAGGAAGCUGACAAAGGUGGUCCAUUGAGUGCUGAACCUGAACUAAAGCUGCUUACGCUGACUAAGGAGGACGAGUUUCUGAUCAUUGGCAGUGAUGGAAUAUGGGACGUAUUCAGAAACCAAAACGCAGUGGAUUUUGCCCGGAGGAGACUACAAGAACACAACAAUGUAAAAUUAUGCUGCAAGGAAAUAGUAGAUGAGGCCAAAAAACGCGGUGCCAUAGACAACUUAACAGUAGUCAUGGUAUGUUUUCACUCCGAGCCACCACCACCUGUCGUAUUCCAAAGAUCAAGAAUCAGGAAGUGUAUCUCUGCCGAGGGGCUUCAGAAUCUGAAAUCUUUACUCGAAGGGUAGAGCUAUCGCGUACAACAAAUCAACCUAGGCAACAGUUGAGAACGAAUUCGACUUUGUAAAUAUAUUUCUGAGGUAGGAUUUGUUCUUCCUUGUAAUGUUCCUAUUUAGAACUGAAGCAGAUGGAAUAAAAGCUUGAUGGAGAAAUGAGCAAGCCAUUGAACCAAAAAAUUGUAAAUAAUUCAUUCUUCAAUUGUAUGCACCCUUUACUACAAGGGCACACAAUUAAAAUUCAUCUUCUGGUAGCAUAAACAUUAGAUUAUCAUUGAAUAAUAUAUAGCUAUAUACUACUUUAUUAUUAAA